AUGAGAUUUGCAUUGCCUGAUGAAUUGGACUACCCUGGCGGAUAUGCUUCAACACAACUUUUAGUUAAAUAUCCAGUGUGUGAUGCCACGAUUGAGCCACUUGGACCUAGAGUUACCAAACCACCGAGUCGAGAUGAUGUUAAUGUAAUGUAUAAUCUCAUAAACGCACAAACCAAUGAAUGGAUGAAACAUAAAGCUCGAGAGAUGGCAAAACAACAAACGGACGGGGCAGCCUCAUUUCAACAUAUACAAGACCAAUACGAUUCAACCAUUCAAUUAUUGAGUGACAAAUUCAACACCCGAAUACAGCUACAAAAUCAGCAGGUGGAGAAAGUAAUACAGGACGAGAAGACCAGAAUACGGUUGGCACAAGAAGCUGAGAGGCGAAGAUUAGAGGAAGAGGCUCGAAGAAAGCGUUUAGAACAAGAGCGUUUACAAAGGGAGGAAGAAGAACGUCGACGAAAAGAAGAGGCACGUCAAAAAGCUGAACAAGAAAGACUCGAGGCUGAACGCAAACAAAGGGAAGCUGAAGAAAAGAGGCGAAAAGAAGAACAGCGCAAACGUGAGGAGGCAGCACGUUUGAAAGCCGAGCAAGCUGAAUCGGAAAAACAGCGUGCUGAACAACUUAAAAAGGAGCAAGAACAAGCAACUACAAACUUCAAAGCCAUCGAAGAACAAUUUUUCAAGUACAAACAAGAUAUCCAAGACAUUAAAACUCAAGUUGUUGCUCCUUUGGAUGGGAAUAAAGAAUUGAAAAAACAAGUAAAUCAAUACAAACGUAAAAUCAACCCAAAAUUUGGUCAAUUAUCAAAUUCAUUGUCGCACACCAGAACUGUGAGUAUGGAAGUUUACAAUCUUGUUGUCGCCACCCAGUCAAAUGAGCUCGUAUACAAAUGGAUACUUAAUUUCAUUGCAAAAGCCAUCAUUGAUCAAGCUGAAACUGAGGUUAUUGUAAGACCAUUUGCUGCUAGACCUUUAGCUACAUUGGCUUACUUUUUGCUUGAAAAGUUUCCCGAUUUUGAAUAUUUUCUCACUGCCAGAUUUAUCAAAAAAUGCCCUUACAUACUAGGCUAUACUUGUAGUAUUGACUCGGAAGAAGGCAGGAAAAGAAUGGGGUGGAAACGUAACCAGGACAAUAAAUGGGAAGAUGACGUUAAAUACGAUGAGCGAGUUGGUGGGAUUUGUACAGUUUGGUCAGUUAUGACACAUGAAUCAAAUGCUCAAAUUGGUAUAUAUUCAAACGCGUCGUCGUGGCAGUUUGUGGCAAGAAUGUUAAAUACUGAUUUGAAUUUGAUUAGAAACACCCAUUUUGAGUUGUUGGCCAAUUGGUGGGAAGCAGCUGGUGGUGAUUUUGCCAAUCGAUAUGGUAAUCAAAGCAAGAAAUUGAUGUUUACUAUGGCUGGUGUUUUUGUUGAUGCAGUUGCUAGUAAGAGAUUUCCGGCAGCUGCAAGGUUGAGACUCUUGGGUGAAGAAUGGCAAAGUAGAGGUACUAUUCAAGGAUUGAAACAAAUGGAAAAUUGA